GCAACUUUGCCCUCGACGCGGUCCCAAAACCAAGCGACCUUGUGUCAGUGAGGUAUGUAUAGCUAUAGAGCAUACCUCGAUCGAUGUAUUGGAUCGAGCCUCAACUGUGUCUACAUAUCAUAGCUAGCUAGACUGGUGGCUCCCAUAAUUGAACUGAAUCAAUUCUGAAGCCGGAAACGCGGAGUCAAGCGAUCAGCCAUGAAAGACCAACAACUCCUUCUUUUCACAGUGGACAACGAAGCUGCUCCCCACCAAGCAAGUUCCAGGCGGUGGAUUGCUUUGGCGGCAGUCGUCGUUGGUGUGACCAUUGGAAUCGGCCUUUGCGCAAACUUUGUGGGAGUAAAACACGAAUUCGCUUCUUUGACGCGCAAUCAGCCUUACGAACAUGACGACGAAGAGGACUUAUCAGAGCUGGUAGAGUUAGAGCUCCAGUUGUCGGAUGAAUUUCCUUCUGUUGAACGAAUGCUGCAAGAUGGCACCAAUAACGCAACAACCUCUAGCAAUGCAACUGUAUUUGUGCCCAUUAUUGCGGGACUUUCGGCGUCAACGAUUGCCAACAUUCAAGUCCCAAAUUCAGCACAAUUUCUGGCAUAUGAGUGGCUGUUGGCGGAUCCCAAUGUGGACACGUACAAUCUACAGUCACUACAAUCCAGGUUUGCCAUGUCCACACUCUACUUUGCGACGGGAGGAGACGACUGGGCCAUCAACGACAAGUGGCUGUCGUAUACAGACCCACUGUGUCUGUGGUAUUCAUCCUUGGACGAGGAAGCAAUCCCAUUCAUAUUCCCCAACAUUGACACGCCUUGCGAGGAUCGAAACACGGAUUAUUUGCAGCACUUGGUUCUGACAAAACAAAACAUGCGGGGAACACUGCCCGAAGAAAUUGGACUCCUGACACAGCUGACGAGUAUCUUUCUGAGUGAAAAUGACCUCACAAACCGCAUCCCGACCACCAUAUGGGAGAACAUGACCGACGUGAUACAUUUGUCGCUGGGCAAAAACAAUCUCGGAGGUGAAAUUCCUACCGAGUUGUUUUCUUUGACAAACCUCCAGCGAUUGGAUCUCUCCCACAACUAUCUCGCUGGAAGGAUCCCCACGGAAAUUGGCAAGGCACAAAAAUUGAUUGCACUCGUCGUCGAGGAGAAUACCUUGGCCAAUCCCAUUCCUUCCGAACUAGGGCUCCUCACCACCCUCGAGUACUUUGACUAUGGAAGAAAUGCUCGCCGACGACGAACCACACUCUUUACCGAAAUUGGGUUACUGACCAAUCUGGAAUACUUUUCCUUGGAGUACAGCUUUAUUCUACAGGGUGAACUGCCCGAUGAAUUCUUUAACCUUACAAGUCUGGUCAAUUUGGAUUUGAAGGGAGCCGGACGACUCAACUCGACUCUACCCACAUUGAUUGGACAACUCACCAAUCUAGAAACCUUGGAGCUGACACAGGCCACAUUGUGGGGACCCCUGCCAACCGAACUGGCACUACUGACCAAGCUGGUUGAUUUCAAUGCCGAAUUGAACCAACUCACCAACACCAUCCCAGUAGAAGUGGCGGGGAGUCUUUCCAAUCUCAAGUCGUUUCUGUUAUGCAACAAUCAACUCACGGGAUCUAUUCCGGAAGAGCUGGGGGGCAUGUCAUUGUUGGACGACCUGCAUCUGUGCGUCAAUGAACUAACUGGGCCGAUUCCUGCUUCCUUGGGGCAGCUUACACUGUUGACUCAUCUCGAUCUAAAGGGAAACUUUCUAUCCGGACAAGUACCUGACGAACUUGGUCAACUGACAGCACCGGAACUGAAACUGGAAAUUCAGGAGAAUAGUCUGACGGGGGUGGUGCCGUCAGGAGUUUGUGCUACCGGCGCAUUUGUGGCGGCGGAUUGCAGUGCUGAGGUUUCUUGUGAGUGCUGUGUGCAGUGUUUCUAG